CCGGGUCUCAAGAAGUUGCGUGAGUUAUAGUGGAGUUAUAGUGCGAAUAAUCACCAUGUUCAGUAAUUGGCGCGACUGUCAGGAAUGGGAUAAACAAGGUUUAUCUAUGUCAACUACCAGUAAUGAAGCUGCCAAGCUAUAUGAUGCUUUACUGUCACAGUUCUGGGUAACGUUUUGGUGCAUGGUUUGGAUGUCAUGGGUACUGGAAGAUCUAUUUACCGAGACCCCGAGUUCAAAGCUAACAUGGACAACAUUGUAAAGUUGGCCGAAACUCCAAGUGUUACACCAAGAGAAAAAUUACAUGUUGAAGGCAUUACUGCUUGGGCAUAUGGCGAAAUUGACAAAGCUCAAAUCAAAUGGGAAGAGAUAUUAUUGAAGCACCCAACUGAUAUGUUAGCAUUAAAGUUUGCGCAUGAUUCUUAUUUUUAUAUGGGUUAUUCAGCCCAGAUGAGGGACUCUCUUGCUAGAGUUUUACCUUACUGGAGAGUGACACUCCACUAUAUGGUUACCUAAAAGGCAUGUAUGCAUUUGGUCUGGUAGAAACAAACUUUUAUACGCAAGCUGAAAAGGAAGCUAGAAUGGGCCUUAACUUGAACAAAAAUGAUGGAUGGUCAACACAUUCUAUGGCUCAUGUCUUUGAAAUGAUGGGGCGUCAAGACGAAGGCAUCUCAUUCAUGGGCUCAACUGUGCAAGACUGGACAAAAUGUGGGAUGCUGGCAUGUCACAACUUUUGGCACUGGGCAGUGUAUUAUAUUGAAAAGGGAGAGUAUACUAAAGCUUUGGACAUAUACGAUUCUGAGAUUGGAAAGCGUGUUCAUUCAGGUGCAUUGUUGGAUAUUGUUGAUGCCUGUUCUAUGCUGUUUAGAUUGCAAAUGGAAGGUAAAUAUUGAUGUUAAUUGUUGAAUUGUGUUCAAUAUG